AUGGACGACCAAGACCUCUUCGACUCAGACCCCGACCGUGACGCUCACACCGUCGACCGACCGGCUAAGCGCGCCCGCUAUUCCUCGCCCUCUUCGUCCGCAAUGCACAACGGAAACCGGUCCUCACGUUCUCCUGGCGGCCCCCUGCCCCUUCUGUCGCCCUCGAUCAUUGGUGUCGAGCCACUCGACGAGUUCAUUCGCGAAAUCGCCGACUUCAUUCACUACACCAUCAGCACUCGCCCUCCAGACGCGGGCGGGGCGGUCGAGGUCGAGGCCAAGAUUGGAGUUUUGAAGGACCGGAGCUCGGGUCAGAGGAUACAGCUCCCUGUGCUUGUAGAAACAAUCCUCCAGCCGAAUGGUCUGGACAUGCGCUUCGAGUCCAACAUGACAGGUCGCCAACACCAACACUUCAACAAGCUCCUCAACCAGCUCAAGCUCGACCAGCCCGCGCUCGAGAUCUCGUACGAGCACCUCCACCUCCUCGACAACUUCUUCGCCCCUGAGGGCGGCGGUCGCGGCGAAAAAAUCCGCGUCACGCGCGACGAAAAGACGGGCCAGGUUCGCGCCUGCGUCCGCAAAGUCCGUCUCGCCGACCUGAACAUCUUCUGCCCCAAGCGCGCCGUCGACUGGCGCGUCAGUGUCAACCUCGAAAUCCCCGUGCCGCCGCCAAUAGGGACGCCGAGCCAUUCCCGGCGGAAGGACCGGAUGAGCUACACGCACCAAGAGUUCGUCGUCGACCUCACCCAGGUCACCGCAACCGCCGGGCCUGGCUCCAAGGUGCGCCGCGUUCCGCCCCCUCGACUCCGGGACUCGGACUACCUGCUCUCCUCCGCGGCGAAGCGCGGCGACCCCGCGCUCUCCAAGGAGGAACAGGGCGCGUUCGACGACCUGAUCCACGCGUUCGUCAACAACGCCCGCAUCCUCUGUCGGAACGCGCCGAACGACGGGCCCGCGCCACGGUAG